GUUCUUCUUAAAAAAAACACGUGCAGUUUGUGUUGCAGUUAAAAUUUGCCUAAAAACAAAAAAAUUUCUUUAAUUUUAUUUGUGCUAUAAAUAUAAACUGGAUAAAAAUGGGAAAACCAAAAAAAGUCAACAAAUUAAGUUCUAAAUCUCAAGUUCCACUGGACAAACAAAUGACACAAGGGAAAGUUGUAAAAAAGAACAGAGAUAAACUUUACCUUCGUGCAGAAGAAAAUUCAGUCGUAGAUAGCAGAACAAGUAAAAAGAUUUUGCAAGCUGCUAAGCAACAACAACUCGAUCUAAAUGAAGAAAACUUUCCCGACACUCUUGGUGCAAAACCAAAAACAAAGUUUAAUUUGGGUCCAAAUCUUCGUGGUGAUGGGGACGAUGACGAAGAUGACAUCCAAGAAAGCAACAAUGCCAUUUCAGCUGAUGAUUUCAUGGAUGAUUUAAAGAUCGAUGAUGACGAUACUGAGGCUUUUGAACGUUUCCAAAAUAAUACAAACUCAAAACGUACUUUGAAUCUAUCAGAGAUAAUUAAACAAAAGAUUGCUGAGAAGCAAGGUGAGCUUCAAUCUAAACUGAGUGAUCAAGGUUCUCUCAAGAUUGAAGACAUCGAUAAAAGAGUUCUUGAAAUGUAUGAAGGUGUCAGAGAUGUAAUGAAACGGUAUAAGAGUGGAAAGGUCCCUAAGGCGUUCAAGAUAAUCCCUAAACUACGUAACUGGGAACAAAUCCUCUUCAUAACCGAACCACAUAACUGGAGUGCAGCUGCAAUGUUUCAAGGAACCAGAAUAUUCUGUUCUAUCUUAUCACAAGCCAUGGCACAGCGAUUCUAUAACUUGGUUCUCUUACCACGUAUCCGAGAUGAUUUAAGUGAAUAUAAGAAGCUCAAUGUCCAUUUGUACAAUGCCUUGAAAAGGGCACUCUUCAAGCCAGCAGCUUUCAUGAAGGGCAUAGUCUUACCGCUUUUGGAAUCUGGUGAUUGCACACUUCGUGAAGCAAUUAUCUUUGGCAGUGUUGUUGCCAAAAAUCGAAUUCCAGUUCUUCAUUCAGCUGCUUGUUUAUUGAAAAUCUGUGAAAUGGGCUACACUGGAGCAAAUUCGAUAUUUAUUCGAAUAUUCCUUGAAAAGAGAUAUGCACUUCCAUAUCGAGUUGUGGAUGCAGCAGUUUUCCAUUUCCUCAGAUUUGAAACAGACAAACGAGUGAUGCCUGUGUUAUGGCAUCAGAGUUUGCUUACAUUUGUUCAGCGCUAUAAGAAUGAUAUAUCAUCUGAUCAAAAGGAUGCUAUUCUAGAAUUGUUGAAGGUUCAUGCACAUCCUAAAAUUGCUCCAGAAGUUAAACGGGAACUUCAAUCGGCUGUUUGUCGUGAUAUUGAAGGUAUGGAAUGUGAUAAUGCUAAAGCAGCAGUUCCAAUGGAGCAGUAUACAGAUGAAGAUGUGAAUUUUUCUUAAAAAUUAUUUAUAUAUUAAAGUUAUAAAGAAACAGAA